CAAAAAAUCGCUACCCGAAACAAUGGGCGAUAUUUAUGAUGCGGUAAAUGAAAAUCUUUUACGUUUGUCGGCGGAAAGGAAAUCCACGUCAAUGGGUAAUAAUAACAACAAAUGGAGAAAAGAUUACUAUUAUUUUGUGGUGGAUACAAAUGUUCUGCUGGAUCAUCUAAGCUUUAUUGAAGAUUUAACUAAAUUGAAAUUGUGUGAUACCCAAGGCAGUAUGCUCUACAUACCCUAUGGCGUUUUACAGGAAUUGGAUAAACUAAAAAUUCGUUCCGGCUGCAAGGAGGGUGUUAAAACUUUAGCUGUGCGUGCCAUUAAAUAUCUGAAUAAGAAAUUGGAAAAUAAAUCACAAAAUAUAUUGGCCCAAACUGCCUUAGAGGAACGUCAUCAUCUAAUCGAUGUCAAUUCGGCCGAUGACAGUAUCAUUAAUUGUUGUCUACAAGCCAAGGCUCAAGUGCCCAAUCUCCUACUGCUCACCGAAGAUGUAAAUUUACGCAAUAAAGCCAUAUGCAAUAAUAUUUUAGUUGCCACAAAAUCGGAUUUGUUGUCAAAACCUAGUAAAGCACAAUCUUGACCCCCCUUGAAUUGGUUGCAAAA